AUGAUAAAGCUUAUGUUAGUAGCGUUAGACGCUGCUAGGCUUAGUAUGUAUAUCACUGUUAACUAUAAGCUUAUAGAUGUGGGGCUAGGCGACUGGAAUAUGCUGUCUGUAGCUCUACUUACUGGCAAUAUAGAGCUUCUCAGGACAUUAGACGAUAAAGCCUAUAAGAGGGUUUAUACUGCUAUAUCAGUAGCGCUUAACCUCUCCUUUGUCGACCUCAGAAGUGUGGCUAAACUUACAGACGUAAACCCUAAGUCUAAGAACAAGCCCCUACUACUUAAGCAUAUUCAGGCCGCCCUUAAUAACCUCAGCGUAUAUAGGGGCUCUACUACCUAUACUGAGAAUACGGCUACAUAG